AUGCUCGUGAACAAAUUCGUAGGGUUACUGAGCGUACUCUUUGCGACAAGGUUUACGAAUGCUGUCGAAUUAGAUUUAGACAACUACCAGUCUUUACAAAAUGCUACGUCACUGGUCGCUUACGGUUUAAUGGAUUAUUACACCGGUAAUCAAUAUGGUAAAACAGUCGGUAUGUUCUCUGAUCCAUACUAUUGGUGGGAAGCCGGUGGUGCAUGGGGCUGCAUGUUGGACUACUGGUUCUACAUGGAGAACGAUACUUAUAAUGACGAAAUUACAGCUGCUAUGAUACAUCAGGCCGGUGACGACAAUGACUACAUUCCACUGAAUCAAUCUACUACUGAAGGUAAUGAUGAUCAAGCCUUUUGGGGUAUUGCUGCCAUGACUGCCGCUGAAAGGAAUUUCACCAAUCCUCCUUCAGAUCAACCCCAAUGGUUAUAUUUGGCACAAGCCGUCUUCAAUACAAUGGCUUUGCGUUGGGAUGCAGACUCUUGUGGUGGUGGUUUGAGAUGGCAGAUUUUCGUUUGGAACUCUGGUUAUGACUACAAGAACACCGUUUCCAAUGGUGCUUUGUUCCACAUCGCUGCAAGAUUGGCAAGAUAUACAGGUAACCAAACUUAUGUCGAUUGGGCCGAAAAAGUUUACGAAUGGAUGGUUGGUGUCGACUUAAUUUCCAAUGGUACCUAUAAGUAUGUUUACGAUGGUGUUAGUAUUGGUGACAACUGUACUAAAGUCACCUCGUACCAAUGGACUUACAACCAAGGGUUACUAUUGGCCGGUUCGGCUUACCUGUACAACUACACCGGAUCAGAUCUCUGGCACACAAGAACAAAGGAGUUUUUGAACGCCUCCCAAGUGUUUUUCCAUGACGGUAUAGUGUACGAAGCUGCUUGUCAAGGUCCAAAUUCUUGUAAUACAGAUCAACGUUCUUUCAAAGCUUACUUUGCCCGUUUCUUAGGUGCCACUGCACAACUGGUGCCAGAAACUAGAAAUCAAAUUAUGUCCUGGUUAAACACAUCCGCAAUUGCUGCCGCUAAGUCAUGUUCUGGUGGUACUGAUGGUCACACCUGUGGGCUGAAUUGGUUUAAUGGUACGUGGGAUGGUAUGUACGGUUUAGGUGAACAAAUGGCCGCUUUAGAAGUCAUGGUCAACACAAGGGCCUUAGAUAGACCUGCUCCGUAUACUGCCGAAGAUGGCGGUUCGUCUGUUGGUGAUGGGGCAGCUGGUACCCAAGCACAGCCUACAAAUUUGUCUCCUUUAAAUAUCACGAAGGGUUCCAAGGCGGGUGCAGGUAUCAUUACUGCUGUCAUUGGUAUUUCAAUCGUCGCAUGUGCUUUAUGGCUGGUCUUUUGA